GCAGCAUGAUAUCUCAGAUGGAAGCGGUGGCCGACGCGCUCAGCGAGAGGCGCUUCAACCUCAGGAACGAGCUGCGCACGCUGCAAGACGAGAACGUCCACCUCCAGGGGGCGCUGGCGCACGAGCGCCGCAAGUUCCAGGCGCGGAACCGCGGCGGCCCCGUCUUGCACGGAGGGAGAGGCAUACCGCUUCCGCCUCUGCUGCCUCCUCCUCUCCCUCCGAGGCGCGAUAGUGUCGCCCUCUACAGCCCGACGCGUGCGGUUUUAUGCUCCCCGAUGCUGACCAGGUACCGACCACUAAGCGACAGCGAGUCGUCCCUGAUCGACUUGACGAAUGACGGCAUUGCGAGCAGCGCGUCUUCCAGCAGAGUGGUAGCCAGUGUGGUCAGCGGUUCCGGUCCAUCGACAACCGCCAGAAGGGGGCGCGGGGUUUCCCGAGCUUGGCGGGGCGGAAGCAACACAACUGGCACCAUGACAGGCUUGAGGCGGUCGGGCGGCUCCACGAAGAGAAGCCGCGGCUCCGCCAACAGGUCGAGGGUGCGCCGGCCACCGAGAACGUCGUCGAACGGUUGCGAAAACAACGGCUGCUCGCACUCGCCAGUCAUCGUAGCUGCGCCGGGAGGCACACUGACGAUAAGCACCCAGGACUCGACGCCACCGCCAACCUCCACGCCGGAAGCGGGACGGGACGUCCCAGAUCAGAACAACUAGUGCGUUCUCCUCAGAAGCGGAACGAGAAAUUCGCGAGAAAAGCACAGACAUACUUCGUGCCCAUCGGCUCGUCCCCUGGGCUAAAGCGCGUUAUGGACGCCACCGAAUGCCGUCGUUGUCGUCGAAUUCAGUCACGUCUUCGUCUUGAGCCAAUCAGGAAUAGCGUAUAAAUAGCAUGUUCCGUUUGUCCGUCAGAACAGGCAGCUGGCAUGGCGAAUUUGGUAGGGCGACGUCACUAGCGCGUGUGGUGCCCGGACUAUGUAUGAAUCACCCGGAAGGACACAUUGUGGUAUAGACGCCAUCCGUACUAGUCAACGUUACUGUUUUCGUAUGUGUUGAUCACAGAAUGUGUUUAGACUUGGAGCUGCAUUAUGGACUUCGGUGGACAGGAUUAGGCUAAGUGGAUGAUUCACUCCACAGCGUGACUAGAAAAUUAUGCCAACAAUUCGAAAAACAAGGUUUCAGUAGAUGUGCACGCGAUUAGUUGUCUCGCAAUAAAAGAAAAUACAGGACGUAA